ACGGCGUUUGCAUGUUGUCUGGGUGCUCCCACAUUCCAAAAACAGGCAUGUCAGCUUCUUUGUAGACUCGAAUUUGUCCAUUGUUGUGAAAGGAUGUUUGUUUGUAUGUGUUCUGCGAUUGGCUGGCAACUAGCCCAGGGUGUAGCUCGCCCUUCGUUAUAGAAAAUGGAGGAAGGCCAUCGCCCAGAUUCCGACCUGAGCCUCAGGACUGUGAGGCAGAUGUGGUGGCCGUACUAUUAUUUUGCUGUACAGUGUACCCCCGUAUAUUCUCCCAUCUGUAGAUUUUUGGGGGAACCUCUGUGCCGUUAUUUGCUGAAAAACUCACCUAUUCGCUCGUUUUGUGCCCAGGCCAAUGGUGGCCUUAUGGCGCUGAAGCAAAUUGAGGCACUUCAUUUAGACAAAAGUAGUACUUUGCUGUCAUCUGGUGGCAUCCAUAGGCAAUUACAGUACAUCAUAAACUAGGACUGAAAGGGUAAAGUGCGCUGUGUCUGCUGCUGACACAACAGCACGUCAUCUAUUCCAAUGUAAGCACCGUUACUGACGCCCACGUCAUUCAGUGGGCCAGGCCCUGCCUUUUAAAGCACACAUUAAAAGUCGCAGAUACUACAGUGAGGAUGGCGACCCUGAGUGGACAAAAAUAAUGCUUGCAGCUUACAGUCCCAGUUGUAGGUCAUUGCAUCGGACAUCAACAAUGGCCUUCAGCAAAGGUUAUCGCAUCUACCACAAGCUGGACCCGCCUCCCUACAGCGUCAUCGUGGAGACGCGCGCCAGGGAAGAGUGCCUCAUGUUUGAGUCCGGGGCCGUUGCUGUCCUCUCCGCGGCCGAGAAAGAAGCCAUUAAAAAUACAUAUUCCAAGAUCGUGGAUGCCUACGGGAUCUUGGGCGUCCUCCGCCUUAACCUGGGCGACUCGAUGCUCCACAGCCUGGUGGUGGUGACGGGCUGCAGCUCGGUGGGCAAGGUGCAGGAGUCGGAGGUCUUCCGGGUGACCCAGACGGACUUCGUGUCGCUGAAGAACGACCCCGGCGACGAGGAGCGCAUCGCCGAGGUGCGCAAGGUGCUCAAUUCGGGGCACUUCUACUUUGCCUGGUCCGCCACGGGCGUCAGCAUGGACCUGAGCCUCAACGCGCGGCGCCGCAUCCUGGAGGACACCACGGACAACCGCUUCUUCUGGAACCAGUCCCUGCACCUGCACCUGAAGCACUACGGCGUCAACUGCGACGACUGGCUGCUGAGGCUGAUGUGCGGCGGCGUGGAGAUCCGCACCAUCUACGCCGGGCACAAGCAGGCCAAGGCGUGCGUGUUCUCGCGCCUCAGCUCGGAGCGGGCCGGCACGCGCUUCAACGUGCGCGGCACCAACGACGACGGCCAGGUGGCCAACUUUGUGGAGACCGAGCAGGCCAUCUUCCUGGAUGAGAGCGCGUCGUCGUUCAUCCAGAUCCGUGGCUCCAUCCCGCUGUUUUGGGAGCAGCCGGGGAUCCAAAAAAAGACCCUCAAGGGGGUUUUGUUGCACCUGAACGACAGUCGGCAAGCCGAUCGACGCCAUGACAACCCUCACUUGGUCGGCUCUCACCGCGUCAAACUCUCACGAGGAUUUGAAGCCAACGCACCGGCCUUUGAAAGACACUUCACCGCCUUGAAGAGGUUGUAUGGCAAGCAGGUGAUUAUCAAUCUGCUUGGCAGUAAGGAAGGAGAACACAUGCUCAGCAAAGCCUUUCAGAGUCACUUGAAGGCGUCGGAGCACGGAGCAUCCGUCAAGAUGGUCAACUUUGACUACCACCAGAACGUUCGCGGCGGCAAGGCGGACAAGCUGCACAGCGUGCUCAAGCCGCAGCUCGGCAAGUUCGUGGAAGAGUGCGGCUUCUUCUACUACUCGGAAGAGAUGGGCAUCACCAGGAGCCAGGGUGGCACCAUCAGGACAAACUGCCUGGACUGUUUAGACAGAACCAACAGCGUCCAAGCCUUCUUUGCCCUAGAGAUGCUGGCCAAGCAGCUUGAGGAAAUGGGCCUGACGGAGAAGCCUCAGCUGGUUGCCCGCUUCCAGGAGGUCUUCAGGACCAUGUGGUCCGCCAACGGCGACUCGAUCAGCAAGAUCUACGCGGGCACCGGCGCCCUGGACGGCAAGGCUAAGGCGGGAAAGCUGAAAGACGGCGCUCGCUCGGUGACCAGGACCAUCCAGAACAACUUCUUCGACAGCUCCAAGCAGGAGGCCAUCGACAUCCUCCGGCUGGGCUCCACGCUCAACAGCGACCUGGCGGACAAAGCGCGGGCCUUGCUCACCACGUCCAGCCUCUACGUCACUGAGCCUGUCCUGCAGUCAGCCUCCCCCAGGGUGCUGCUGGGCAUGUGUCAGAACCACCGCAGGUACACGCGGCCCAAGCAGAUCCGGGUGUGCGUGGGCACGUGGAACGUCAACGGCGGCAAGCAGUUCCGCAGCAUCGCCUUCCGCAACCAGACGCUCAACGACUGGCUGCUGGACGCCCCCAAGAUCGCCGGGCACCCCGAGUUCCAAGACAGCAAGGCCAACCCUGUUGAUAUCUUUGCCAUCGGCUUCGAGGAAAUGGUUGAGCUGAACGCCGGAAACAUUGUCAGCGCCAGCACCACCAACCAGAAGCUGUGGGCCGCCGAGCUGCAGAAGAACAUCUCGCGGGACCACAAGUACGUUUUGCUGGCGUCGGAGCAGCUGGUGGGCGUGUGCUUGUUCGUCUUCAUCCGCCCGCAGCACGCGCCCUUCAUCAGGGACGUGGCGGUGGACACGGUGAAAACGGGCAUGGGCGGCGCCACGGGCAACAAAGGGGGCGUGGCCAUCCGCCUGCUCUUCCACACCACCAGCAUCUGCUUCGUGUGCUCGCACUUUGCGGCGGGACAGUCGCAGGUGAAGGAGAGGAACGACGACUACAACGAGAUCACACGCAAACUCAGCUUUCCCAUGGGUCGCCUGCUCUACUCUCACGACUAUGUUUUCUGGUGCGGCGACUUCAACUACCGCAUCAACCUGCCCAACGAGGAGGUGAAGGAGCUGAUCAGGCAGCAGAACUGGGACGCGCUGACCGCCGGUGACCAGCUCUUUGACCAAAAGAACGCCGGAAUGGUGUUCCGGGGAUUCAUCGAGGGCAAGCUGGACUUUGCGCCCACGUACAAGUACGACCUUUUCUCCGAGGACUACGACACAAGCGAGAAGUGCCGCACGCCCGCCUGGACCGAUCGCAUCCUCUGGAAGCGCAGGAAGUGGAACUUUGACAAAACAGCCGAGGAGAUGAACGUGGUCGGCGCGGCGUCGACGUCGGCCGAGAACGAGGACGACCCGGAAUACCCGUGGAGCCCCGGGACCCUCAAGUACUACGGCAGGGCCGAGCUUAAGACCUCAGACCACAGGCCGGUGGUGGCCGUGAUGGACGUGGACAUCCUGGAGGUGGACCCGGAGGCCCGGCAUCAGGUCUACAAGGACGUCAUCGCCCUGCAGGGACCGCCGGACGGCACGGUCCUGGUGUCCUUGUGCUCCUCCGGACCGGACGACUACUUUGACGACGCGCUCAUCGACGAGCUGCUGGACAAGUUUGCCAACUUCGGCGAGGUCAUCCUCAUCAGAUUUGUUGAGGAGAAGAUGUGGGUGACUUUCCUGGAGGGCUACUCUGCUAUGGCCGCUUUGUCUCUCAGUGCGUCCACUGUUCUGGGCAAGGUGAUGGACAUCCGCCUGAAGAGUCCUGGCUGGAUCAAGAGCCUGGAGGAGGAGAUGAGCGUAGAGCGCAUCUGCGGGAGCAUCCCCGCCUCAGCCAGCUCCACCCUGCUGGCCGAGGACGCCGACAUGGGUGACGACGACGACUACGACAUGGAGGGGGACGUGGACGAAGAGGUGGAGGCUGUCCUUCCCCAGCACCUGCAGCCUUCCUUGGGCUCCGGAACCGCAUCCUCCCCGCUGCCCUCGCCACGGGGCAGCCCCUCCGCUUCCCCCACCCACGGGGAGGCGGCGCCACCCAGCAGGCCCGGACGUGGCGCUCAACCGGCUCGACCGUCGCAAGGCCCUCCUGUAGACUUCCAGCCCGGCGCACCGACAUCCCAAAGCCUGGAGCCCAAGCGCGCGCCGCCUCCUCGGCCCAACGCGCCCCCGGCAAAACCCGCGCCGCCACAGCGCCCGCCGCCGCCCUCAGGAGGUCUGAGCCCCCUUCCUGUUCGAAGGGACUGUGGAGGACCCAAAAGUCCGGCUCUUCCUCGGCCCGCCGUCGCCGCAGGUCGAGGCCAGGUAGCCGCAGGUCCUCCUGGACCGGGAGGUGCUUCGAGGCCGAAUCCCCCCCCCCGAGCCGGCGUGAUCAGCGUGCCUCCGCAGUCUCGUCCCUCUCCUCCGUCCCACCCCGGCGCUCCCCGGGCCAUCCCUGACGUGCACCCCGGGGCCCCUCGACCCAUCGCCGACACCCACCCCGGGGCCCCUCGACCCGGAUCCGGCGUCCCGGCCAAACCAUCUGAUCUUCCUCUAGGGCCCGCACCAUCAGGAGCCGCCCCUACGGCUCCCCCUGUUGUGAGGCCGUCGGUACCGGCGCCCAUACAAUCCCAGCCCGCCGCUCCAGUCCAGUCCCAGCUGCCUCCCCCGUUGCAGCCCACGCCCGCCGCCCCUCCCGCACAAACUCUGGCCUCCCCGAAGCCGCCGCCCCGUUCCCGCUCCCAUCACGCUCUCCCGCCAGAGGCCGGCAAGGCUGCCUCGGCCCCGCAGACAAACGGACUGAACGGCGUCCAAUGGAAGCCCGACCCCUUGGACGGCUUUGACUUCCUGUCCUCGUCAUCGUCCUCCCGACAGAGCACCCAAUCACUGACCCGGGGCAGCUUCCUGAGGACGCCGCCCUCCAUCCCCUCCGCCGCCUCGUCAUCCUCGUCCUUACUGGCCCCCGCCCUUCUUCCUCCCCCGCCGCCGGUCAUGCCCCGCAGUCGCUCACAAGAGACCCUGCGCGCCUCCCCCAACCCCUUCGCCGCCGAGACGCCGCCCGCCCGUCCCAGCAGCACCAACCCGUUUACCGGCUGCCCAGAAUGGGCGCCGCUCGUCCCCACCGGUGCCGCCGUCCCCGCUCCGCAAAACCUCUGUCGGAGCGCGUCCCUGUUCGCACCGUCGUCAUCCCUUCCGCCUGUCCUGCCACCCCGUCGCCAGCCCCCCAAAUGGGUCACCUUCAAUAACGACUUCCCACUCCCGGCUAAAACCGCCACACUGCCCCCCUGCUCCACCGCCUCCACCAAACCGCACCACUGGUUGACUAAUGCAAAAUUUCCGACACCCACUGCCACCGGGUCCUCCCCGCUCCUCGAGCCAGACUGGUUAACCCAUACCCCGGCAUUCCCCACGCACCCGGCUAAAACUUUGCCCCCCAAUACCACCCUGUUCCCAGAACCGGACUGGUUGGCCACCACCCCGGCAUUAACGGCCCUCCCCCCUCCUCUUCCUGUCCCUUCGCAGACCGGCGCCACUAUCUCAAAAGUCCCCGAUGGAUCUGGAGGGAGCUGCUUCUUCUACCCCAGAGAGCCAACUAAACGGUGAUCUAGACGUGUAUAGCUCUAUGAUAGACGUAUAUAUGUAUACAGUAUAUAUGCGUGUUUGUGUGAGAGUAUUUAAGACAGAUUCCACGUCAAGAGCCGGAACAUGUGUGCAUGUACUCCCUCGAUUUAAAAAAAAAAAAAAUAUAUAUAUAUAUAUAUAUAUAUAUAUAUAUAUAUAAAUGAUCUGUGGCCGCAGCUAUAGAUAUCAGAUCUAUAUCUACAAUACAGGCGCCUGUGCAAUAUCAACAUUGGUUUCUGCACUUCCCACAACAUUUUUAUUGAAAAAUCUCAAAAAUGUCCCAAAACGUUGAUACAGUUGAAAUUGGCAUUAACGAUACGGUAAUUCUAAACAUAUGAACAUCUGCUACUUUAACACAUGGAGAAGCAACGCAUACAAACGGAGUAUACAACAAUACUUAAACGUUCUCUGCUGCUGCUUCUUGUUCUUGAUUACACGCAUGUCUUGCAGUAGAGCUCAGUGCUGCCUGGUAUGUUGUGGCACAACUUGGUACUACACCGAAGGUUGCACAGUUUCACUCACUCGAAAUUCGGGCAGACCCGCACAUAUUUUGCGGUUUGGCACCCACGGAAUCACCUGUUUGAAGAUUUUUCUUCUCCCUCCUCAGGGAGAAAGCCCUUCCCAGUUUAUUCAAGAAUUUCUUGGGUAAAAAAAGAAAAUAAUUCAAUGCAAUUAUAAUGGCCCUCAAUUAUUUGCGGCUAUUCGCGGUCAGGCCCGGUCCCCAUCCCCAUGAAUAGCGAGGGUCCACUGUAUACGGGAAAACAGGUAAAUAAAAUAAAAUAUCAUAAAAAUCAGCGAUAUAGGAGAGGUCCACUGUAUUUUGAAUUAAGCUGUGGACGCAGUUCUACGUCUCCCAUAUCCAUGAGCGCCUGUGCAAUAUCAACCUGGGGUCAGGGGUCACGCUGCGCUCGCUUUGCUCAUGAAUGUACGCUGUGUCGCAAUGAGUCCCGCCAAUGUUGCUGUGUACAUAUACAUAGUUGUUUAUGUAGAAACCUUAUUUAUGCGUGCAUUUGUAAAUGUGCGUGUGUUUGCGCAAUGAUACUUAUAUGCACUGAGGUUGCACAUCCGACACACAUUCCGGAUUUCGUUGUUCACACUCCCCAGCCACCCCGUCAAAAGCAACAACUAGGUAGGUGUGUGUGUGUGUGUGUGUGUGUGUUAAUGAUGAUGUAGUGAUCGUGGGACGUGACAAGCUCCGCACAAAAAGGGCACAUUCUUCAUUUUGGUCUUAAAAAUCCAGCCGACGUUUGAAUACGUAGUGAAAACUGCAGCGCGAUGUGCAAGUUGUGUUCAGGGUGCUUUUUUUUUUUUUUUUUUGACAAUUCAGUGUUGUGCGAGUAUUUGGACCCGCAAACAGGAACUGACUUUUCCUACCCUUCUCAUUCACUUUCAGGCCUCAGUUAGAAAUCAUGUGGCUGGUUCGGUUCACUGCAAAUAUGACCAAUACAAUCAAAGACGAAUGAAUGAAAUUGUUGUUUACGUCCAAAUCUCCAUUCACUGCUCUCAAAGGCAUCAAUUGUGUGAAGUAGAUAAAUACAUAGAAAUAUAUCCUAAUAUCCACAAGCCAGCAGCUUUUUCUUUGUCGCAUUUGAGAUUUUCCGGGCCACAAAAUGGCUCCCUUUGUGAGGUCCGUGUGGCCCUUCUCUUUAAUUAAUGGCCGUAAUCUGUAAUAAUAAUCCGUAUAUAUUUAUCCGUAGUAAAUGAGUCUGUGCCAGUAAACAAUCUGUAUAUGUAUUAGAGAGAAAAAAAGCAACGUGGCGAUUCAUGUUUGUCUGUGAAUAUUCCAUAUUUAAGGUGCACAAUCGAUUGCACAUUUAUGUAUAAAGGCAGUUUAUGUUGUAUGUAUGCAAAAAAAUAAAAAUGGAACCGAA